AUUGAUAUUCCAAUAGUGCUAUAAUGUAAUUUUACUAUUAACCACACAAGACAACUGUGGUCUAAAGUGUGUCAUUGGUUUUAACGAUUUUUGAGUUUCUCGAUCCCAAUGCUGGCAGAUUUACACAAUGGGAAUUAUGUCACAAAUGCGUUACGUCAAAACAACUUGUUGCUUUCGUUUUACAAAACAGAAAACAGAGCCAGUUCAGUAUGAGCUGCGAUGAAUAGAACGACGUAAGUGAUUAAUGCGGACAAAAUGCGGAAGAGCCCAAUAACCGUACAACAGUGGUUGGACACGUUGCCCCAGCCGGGCCCUAAGACCCAGCAGCAAAACCUUGGUCCUCAAGGAAAUUUGGGCUAUGGUCCGAACUCGCCAAGGCCUUCCUUGAGGCUACUGGGCAGGGAUGCUUCCGUGCAAUCAGACGAUUGCAGCCACUGCUCGAGUGUGGAGAGUGUCCUGGAAUUCAGGAAGCCUGAUCCAGAGGCUGUCCUUCUGGGACUAGGAUUUGGUCCACCAAAUAAUGGACAAAGCACGUCAAGGAUACCGCAGAGGUUUUUGCAACCCUCCAAGAAACUACGUGAGUCAACUAACGGAAGUGUUGCUAACGCAGAUCGAUAUAAAUAAAUUCUUGGAGGAACAAGGUGAACUACAAGCAGUAGAUCAGUACUCUAAUCCGCCAUCGCCAGCCAGGACGGCCAAGCCUAAGACUUGAGCAAGGGACGACCAAUGUACAAUGACAACUUUAUUACGCUUAAUUUAAUCGACACCUCUAAACAUACAUUUAUCUAUAUACAUGUACAUCUUCUCCACUACGUGUUAAUUAAGUGGUGACGUGGCCCGCAUCUAAUGACUCUAGAGGCCUAUUCUGACCAUGGUAACUAUAAUGGACCAAUUCGCUUUAUUUCAGAAAAGAAAUACAAAACAAACAUUCCUGUGAUUUCUUGGUGUGAUAAAAUAUAGUAUGUUUGAAAUGACAAAUCCAACUUCAAAUUGAUAUUAUUUUAUUGACUAUGUUGUAUGUAGUAGACGAUUGCAUUUCUGUAAAAUAGUUCAAAUUUCACCUGACUCUGUGUUAUUUCGUCUCAAUUAUUGUAUUCGAAAAUAAAGUUUUAAA